GUCUGAGGGGAACAAGGAGAGUUUACACCCAGAGUUUGUGAAGAAGACUUCUGCGCACACCACCCCCACCCUGUUGUCCAACUGAGGACCGACAGCCUGGGGACAGUUGGACAGUGGAGACACAGAACUUAGGAGCGAGCACCCUGAUGUUAAUUUGGAUCUGGUGUGAAAGUUGCAAACCAGGUUUUCGUAAAGGAGAUUUCCAAUGUUACCUUUUCACAGAAAGUGUAGUUUGGGCGGUUUUGACCAGCAGAGUCCAGAGCAUCUCCUGGUUAAAGAAGAAGAGGAAGAACUUUGGAUCACUCCAAUAGGAGAGCCCUUUUUGAAGAGAAAAGAUGAAGAAAAACAUCACUUAUCAGAGAUUAAUCACAUCAAAACUGAAGAUAACAGAGAGACAGACGCUUCAACCAGCACCUCAGCUGAACAGAUGGAAACAAAACCUGAUGGAGGGGGCGGUGAGGGACCAGAACCUGUUUUGAAAUACUGCCUCCAGCUAAAAACUGAUAAAAUUGCUACGGAUUCUUCUGCGACUGAAGUUAGUGAUGAUGAUAAUGAUGAUUGGCGGGGGCCUUUGUCAGGCUGUGAACCAGAAACUAAAAAAAACCUUAAUAACAGUGAGAGAACAGAACCUCAGUCACAGUCUGGUAAACUGUUGGCCUCUGAGCUAUUUCCUCAGACAGAAAAAAGCUCUUCCAAUUGCUUACCUCGGAAGAAAUGUGUUAGAGUCAAAGAAAAAGUGUACCUCCAUUCAGUUCCUGAUGGCCACAAGCAAUUUGGUUGUAAUAUUUGUGGAAAACAUUUUACCCGAAAGGGAAAUCUGGAGACGCACAUGCUAGUUCACAAACAAGAAAAACCCUUCACCUGUGAGGAGUGCGGUAAAAACUUUAGACGCCAUUUACAGCUUACAGUUCACCUCAGAAUUCACAGAGGUGAGAAACCUUUUAGUUGUGAUUUUUGUGGUAAAGGUUUUAUGGUAAACAGUACUUUACAAGCACACAAGAGACUCCACUUAGGGGAGAAACCAUUUAGUUGUGAUGUUUGCGGUAAAACUUUUCAUGUAAAGAGGAUUUUGAAAGUGCACAUGAAAGUCCACUCAGUAGAAACCCCAUUUCAUUGUACAAUCUGUGAAAAACAAUUCAAGUGUCCAUAUAUUCUUAAAAAACACAUGAGCAUUCACACUGGGCUGAAGCCAUUCGUUUGUGGUGUUUGUAGUAAAGCCUUCUCACACGAACAAACUUUGAAAACUCACAUGACUGUUCACACUACAGAGAAACCGUUUGCAUGUGAUAUUUGUGGUAAAAAUUUCAAAUAUAUGUCCUAUGCUCGAAGACACAGACAGUUUCACAGUGGUGAAAGUGGACAUAGCUGCGAUAUUUGUGGGAAAACAUUUAUAUUAAAACCUGCACUCAUUGCACAUAGGAGGAGCCACACAGGAGAAAAACCCUUUUCCUGUGACGAAUGUGGAAGAAAGUUUCACGUUAAGGCAAACCUUAACCAGCACACAAGGGUCCACUCAGGCGAGAGGCCAUUUGCCUGUGAUGUUUGUGGUAAAAGAUUUAGCAGAAAGACGCAUCUUAAAGUCCACACUCGGAUACACUCAGGAGAAAAACCAUUUCUCUGCAAUAUUUGUAAAGAAAGAUUUCGGUUUAAGCACAACCUGAAAACACACAUGAGAGUUCACACAGGAGAGAGGCCUUAUGUUUGCAAAGUUUGCGGUAAAGGGUUUUCACGACAAGAGCAUCUAAACAAACACAUAGCUGUUCACACGGCAGAAUGACUUUUAGUCAUAGUGGCCAAUGCUUGGCUAAGGUUACAAUGCAACAGCCUGAGUGGUUUUUCAUAUAUGGACAUUUGGAUAUGUAACUAUCAGUUUUAGCUGAAAAAAAAA